UAGGUCUCUGUGCUGAGGAUAUUCGUUCAAUCCAGACCUGCGAGGCCGCUGUCAGAAUGGCUUUCACCAGACCAGACCUCGGCGAUGCCUUGCCUCUGAUAGCCUCAGGCAAGGUUCGCGAGUUAUACAAUGUUGAUUCGAAGUCGCUACUGUUCGUGGCUUCGGACAGAAUAUCUGCUUAUGAUGUGAUCAUGGAGAAUGGUAUCCCGGACAAGGGUCUUGUCCUGACACUCAUAACUGCGCAUUGGUUCCAGUACCUUCAGAAACAAAUCCCAGACCUCAAGACACAUUUCCUUUCGCUCGAAUUACCACCUGCUGUUCCCGAAAAUCAGAGGACUCAGCUCAAAGGCCGAAGCAUGCUCGUGCGCAAGCUCAAGGUCUUCCCUGUGGAAGCUAUUGUAAGAGGAUACAUCACAGGCUCCGCAUGGUCAUCAUACCAAAAAGCCGGUGAGGUGAACGGAAAGAAGAUGCCUGAAGGACUGGAAGAGUCGCAAGAGCUCCCUGAACCAAUAUACACCCCCAGCACAAAGGCCGAGCUGGGCCAGCAUGAUGAGAACAUCUCCACUGAGCAAGCCGCAACGAUUGUGGGCGAGAAAUACGCAAAGCGCAUCGAGGAGCUUUCGCUCAAGAUAUACAAGGCUGCAAGAGAUUAUGCCAAACAGAAAGGUAUCGUCAUUGCAGACACAAAAUUCGAGUUUGGCCUGGAUGAACAGACGGACGAAGUUGUUCUUGUGGACGAGGUGUUGACUCCGGACAGCUCGAGAUUCUGGUCCAAGUCGACCUAUAAGGUUGGUCAGGGUCAGGACAGUUUCGACAAGCAAUUCCUCAGAGACUGGUUGACCAAAAAUGGUCUUAAAGGCAAGGAGGGAGUGUCCAUGCCACAAGAUGUGGUCGAGGCCACCCGUGCCAAAUAUCUCGAGGCGUUCAAGAUCUUGACUGGCAAGUCGCUGCAGGACACUUUGCAGGAGCUGAAAUAAUCUUAUUGUGUUCUCAUCA